AUGUCAGCUCCAGAAACACUUAUUCGGUCUGCAAGUCCCGUCAGUACGGCAACCCAGACUAGAACACAAAGUAUCGAUAUAGAACAUGGAAAGGUUCAAGAAGAUAUCGAACCGCAUGAAAAGCAAAGCAACAGUGAAAAGGUAAUCAACGAUCCCAAUGAGGUUACAUUCCAAGAUGCACAUGACCGUGAAAAUCCUGCAAAUUGGUCUGAAAGGAAAAAGGCCACAGUUCUGAUCAUUACAUCUUUAGGCUCAACUGUGGUUACAUGUUCUUCAAGUGUCAUGUCAAGUGCAUCAGAAAGUCUUCAAAGGCAAUUUCAUAUCUCAAGAGAAGUCACUGUUUUGACAAUUUCACUUUUUGUUAUCGGUAUUGCCGUCGGUCCUGUUCUUCUUGGUCCGCUUUCGGAAUUUUAUGGUCGUCGUCCGAUCUACCUCAUCUCAUUCGCAGCAUUUUUUCUACUUCAAUUUCCCGUCGCAUUUGCAAACAACCUCCCUGUCUUGCUCAUCUUUCGUUUCUUGGUUGGGGCAGCAGGAAGUGCAUUCCUUGCAAACGUUGGAGGCUCAAUCAGUGAUAUGUAUUCUCCCAUUGAUGCAUAUAUUCCAAUGGCUCUUUUCUCUUCAAGUACUUUUCUAGGACCUGUUCUGGGACCAAUCAUCGGUGGGUUUGUCCAAGAGUUUUCAUCAAGAUGGCAAUGGAUGCUUUAUGCAUUGAUCAUUUGGUCAUUCAUUCAGCUUUUGGCACUUUUCUUUUUCACUCCUGAAACAUUGGCAAGUGUGAUUCUAGCAAAAAGAGCAAAAAAGCUGAGAAAGGAGACUGGCAAUCAACAACUCUAUACACAACAUGAACGUAAAUUGGCCAGUAUGACUCCACUGAAUGCGCUACUACAAAACGUGAAGAGAGUCUUUGUUUUACUCGCUCUCGAACCACUUCUCGUCCUUCUUUGCAUUUGGACAGCAAUCCUCUUGGGUAUCAUUUAUUGCUUCUUUGUCUUCUUCCCCGUUGUCUAUGCACGUCAUGGCUUCUCUGAAUACCAAAUCGGACUGGCUUUCCUCGGUUUGGGCGUAAGUAACGUGAUCGCUUUGCUCACCACCCCUUUCUGGAAAUCAAGAUUGGUCAAACAUUCCAAAUCCCGUGGAACUCCACCCACGCCUGAAGAUCGUUUGGAACCAGCAAUGGCAGGCUGCCUUCUUGCUCCUAUCGGUUUGUUCAUCUUUGCAUUCACAUCUUAUGCAAACGUACAUUGGAUCGCAUCUAUCAUUGGUUCUUGCAUUUUCGGUAUCGGAUUGAUCUUGAACUUCUUGGCAAUCUUCAAUUACACGGCAACGUAUUGGAGACCAGUCGCAGCUUCAGCACUUGCUGCAAACGCUCUUAUCCGAUGCUCUUUUGCAGCCGCAUUUCCACUCUUUGGUGUGCAAAUGGCCGAUCGAUUAGGAACUGCUGGUGCGGCUGGCCUUCUUGCUGGUUUGAAUGUCAUUAUGAUUCCUGUUCCGUUCGCAUUGUAUCAAUAUGGUCCCUGGCUAAGAACCAAAUCUCGUUUUGUCCAAGCGUAA